CACAGAUCCCCUCCUCCCAGCCAAACACUUGCUCCAUCAUGGACGUAUUUAAUUAAAUAGACCGGUCUACAUAGUGAUUGCACGCCUAUGAUACAUGCCUUCGUUUAUCGCACCCCACCUACGUGGCUUGAAUGUACGGUCUUACCCCUCUUCACUUAUUUUCUGGACGUUUGUAUGCCAUCACGCUUAACUUGACUCGACUCGGCGCCGGCAUCGUAGCAUCUUCACCCUGGGCUUAGUCCCACAAUGCCAUACUCAUCCGACCGUUUGGUAUACUCCUGUAGGCCAGGUGUACCUUCCCGCGUCGCUACAUUCAUUCCAUCAAAUUUCUGCAACUUAUCGCGAUGACAGGGUGGGGUUCUAAGGAUGAAGGAUCUCAGAGCCCGCAGACGGACACGAUCUCUCGGUGGGUACAAUCAGAUCUGGGGUCCUUGAGGGAGGAUAAGGAUGGUAACCCGGAAACCGCCAGUAUUUACCAAAUGACGCCAGCUGCAGCAUUGGGCCUACUCUGUGUUUACAUCGAAGUGCUUGCUAAGCAGAAUAUGGAUGGAUUGAAUGACACGCGGGUAGAUGCUGCCUCCGUGGUCAAGAAUAGGACUCAAUGCGAUGGCAUCUCCAGUGGGGAAGCCACCCCAGCAAGUGGCACCGAGAUACAUUGCUGCCCUGCAGGGUAUAAUGAGACAGGACGCGAUCGUAUCCAACUAGGCAUAUUGUCCAAGAGAUUCCUCUCAAAACGUGUGCCUCCGAUUACAAUACAAGACUACCUCCUGCGGCUUCAUCGGUACUGCCCGAUGUCAACAGCCGUCUAUCUUGCUACAAGCAUGUACCUCGCCCGAAUGGUUACGGUUGAAAGAAUCAUAUCGCUGAACCCUAGGAACAUGCAUCGUUUAGUCCUUGCUGGUCUUCGGGUAGCGAUGAAAACCCUGGAAGACCUUAGUUAUCCCCAUAGUCGCGUUGCGAAGGUUGGCGGAGUGAGUGAACGCGAACUGUCGAAGCUGGAAAUUAGCUUCUGCUUUCUGGCGGAUUUUGAAUUGCGAGUCGAUGCCCACGCGCUCGCCAAUCAGGCAAGUAUUCUUGAGAAGAAUGUUGGCUGUCACGGUCCUAUCGCUGGUUAAAUCCCCCUCGAUAAGGGUGUUUUGAUGUCUACUAGUUAUAGGUCAAUAGUUCUCAUGGAAUUUUCUCCUUUAUGUCUCCAAUGUUAUAAUGGAUAAUAUGGAUAAUUCACCCUGAUCACC